UUCCUAUUAAAACGUCAAAAGUGGAAUAGUCUUGGCUGUCACACACCCUUCCCAUUUGGGAGUGUUAAUGUGUUGCGGUGGUAUUUACGAAUAUUAAAGUCCACGAAAACAAAAAAUGUGAAACAACAAGGCCUAAGUUGCCUGUUUUUGGAUCCCGCAAACAAAUAGCACAUGGUUUUGGAAACCCCUACAUAAACCCCUCCCUGUCGCUCCAUCCACAGUCACAGUCACAGUCACAGACACACGUCAAAAUAUCCAAUCAUUUCACAUGGAAAGUGCCACUCAAGUCGGUGCGGCGGCUCAGCCCAGCUCAGCUUCAGCGUCGGUGAUUCCCUCCGCCUUCGACGGCACCCUGGGCCGUCACCUUGCUCGCCGCCUCGCCGAGACCGGUGUCAGGGACGUCUUCUCCGUUCCCGGCGACUUCAACUUGACGCUCCUCGACCACCUCAUCGCCGAGCCGAGUCUCAACCUCGUCGGCUGCUGCAACGAGCUCAACGCCGGCUACGCCGCCGACGGCUACGCGCGCGCCAAGGGCGUCGGCGCCUGCGUGGUCACCUUCACCGUCGGCGGACUCAGCGUCCUCAACGCCAUCGCCGGAGCUUACAGCGAGAAUUUGCCAGUGAUUUGCAUCGUCGGAGGACCCAAUUCCAACGACUACGGCACCAACCGGAUCCUCCACCACACCAUCGGUUUACCCGAUUUCACCCAAGAGCUUCGGUGCUUUCAGGCCAUCACGUGUUUUCAGGCAGUGGUGAAUAACUUGGACGAUGCGCAUGAACUUAUUGACACUGCAAUUUCUACUGCUUUGAAGGAAAGCAAGCCUGUUUAUAUCAGCAUAAGUUGUAACCUUCCUGGAAUUCCUCAUCCAACUUUUGCUAGAGACCCCGUGCCAUUCUUUCUUGCACCUAAGGUAAGCAAUCAAGAAGGAUUAGAAGCAGCAGUGGAAGCAACGGCUGCUUUACUGAACAACGCUGUGAAGCCAGUGAUUGUGGGUGGGCCAAAACUAAGGGUAGCAAAGGCACAAAAGGCCUUUCUGGAGUUUGCAGAAGCAAGUGGAUAUCCAAUAGCAGUUAUGCCGUCCGGGAAGGGACUAGUACCAGAGCAUCAUCCACAUUUCAUUGGGACAUACUGGGGUGCUGUCAGCUCUAGCUUUUGUGGGGAAAUUGUGGAGUCUGCUGAUGCAUAUGUUUUUGUUGGCCCCAUCUUCAAUGACUAUAGCUCCGUUGGAUACUCGUUGUUGAUAAAGAAGGAGAAAGCCAUAAUAGUGCAGCCUAAUCGGGUAACCAUUGGCAAUGGUCCUUCCUUGGGCUGGGUUUUCAUGGCUGAUUUCUUAACUGCAUUGGCUAAAAAAGUGAAGACCAACACCGCAGCUGUGGAGAAUUACCGGCGUAUCUAUGUCCCACCAGGCAUUCCUCUGAGGCGAGAGAAGGAUGAACCACUUAGAGUUAAUGUUCUAUUCAAGCACAUUCAAGAACUGCUAAGCGGAGAUACUGCUGUAAUAGCUGAAACUGGAGACUCAUGGUUCAACUGUCAGAAGCUCCAUCUGCCUGAGAAUUGCGGGUAUGAAUUCCAGAUGCAGUAUGGAUCCAUUGGUUGGUCAGUAGGUGCUACUCUUGGAUAUGCACAGGCUGCAACAGACAAGCGUGUAAUUGCUUGCAUUGGUGAUGGCAGUUUUCAGGUAACAGCACAGGAUAUUUCAACAAUGAUUCGCUGUGGACAAAAGACCAUCAUCUUUCUCAUCAAUAAUGGAGGUUAUACAAUUGAAGUUGAGAUUCAUGAUGGUCCAUACAAUGUGAUAAAGAAUUGGGACUACACUCGCUUUGUGGACGCUAUCCAUAAUGGGCAAGGCAAAUGCUGGACUGCCAAGGUACGUACAGAGGAUGAUCUGACUGAAGCAAUUGCAAAAGCUACUGGACCACAGAAAGAUUCACUAUGUUUUAUAGAAGUUUUUGUACACAAGGAUGACACCAGCAAAGAAUUGCUGGAAUGGGGAUCUCGUGUUGCUGCUGCUAACAGUCGUCCUCCUAAUCCUCAAUAGAAAAUCAUUUCCUAAUUAUUGGCCUGUUUUGUGUAUUUUGUUGAAUAGAGUUCCACUACUGGAUAUUUACAAGAGAAAAACGACAAAAAUGAAAAAUAAGUUGAAAUAAAUGUUUGCUUUUCCAGAUUUGUAUCUGGUCUCGUGUUGCUGACUUGUUGACUUGUUGUAAUCAUGAACUAUUAUUGCUUUGUAAUAAUGUCUUGUAUAAUGGAAUUGUUAAUGAAUCAAAGAGGAUAUAGCCAUUGUAUGUAAA